AUAUUUUUCGGCCGUGAAACAAAUUUUUAGGAUGUUUAUUGUUUAUAUUGCUGUUCAGCCUAUGAGUGGAUCAUACGUGGACGUGUUAUGCGUGCCAUAAGUGGCUGUAAUGUGAUUUUUUUAAUGAAAACUUUUUGAUAAAUAGCACACAAAUUUUGCGGCAGCAAUGAGGGUGAAUUUACGGAAAUUAUUUCUAAUUGGCUCUUUUGCGGCGAUUUUGUGGAUAAUAGUAUCUUACAUGUCGACUCUGGAGUCGCCGGAGCCGGUGAAGAAGUUUAACAAAGUGGUGAUGAUUGAAAAUACGUUAAAUUUACUAGAGGAGCGUGUUGACAUGCAACUGAAAGAGAGUAACAAGUUGUUGGAUAGGGUUAAGCAACAUUUGAAGAAGACUGAGUACUUAGCCAAAGAAAGGGAUGCCAAGGAUCAAAUGGACGCUGACAUUUCAGCCUUCAACCCAGUCCUGCCAGUGUUAGUGAUAGCGUGCGACAGGGUGUCAGUCCAUCGAUGUUUAGAGAACCUUGUAAGGUUCAGACCCAGUAAGAAAACCUUCCCUAUUAUUAUUAGCCAGGACUGCGGUCAUAAUGCAACAUAUCAUGUAAUCAAACGCUUUGUGGAUGAAGAUUCAUCUAUAACAUUAGUUAGACAGCCAGAUCUUACAGAUAUUAAGUUACCUCGCACGAAGUUGAAGUUCAAUGGAUAUUAUAAGAUCGCGAGGCAUUUCCGAUUUGCGCUCAAUCAUGUCUUCAAGACUUUAAACCAUGAGGCUGUGAUAAUUGUUGAAGAUGAUCUGGAUAUAUCGCCGGACUUUUUCGAAUACUUUUUAGGGACAUAUCCUUUGUUACUCAAGGAUCCUAGUAUAUGGUGCAUCUCAGCAUGGAAUGACAAUGGGAAGAAAGACAUAAUAGACCUAUCCAGACCAGAACUGUUGCACCGCACUGAUUUCUUCCCAGGCUUAGGGUGGCUAUUGAGACAGGAGAGUUGGGAGUAUUUAGAGCCUAAUUGGCCACCUGCAUUCUUCGAUGACUGGUUGAGAAACCCUCAAAACACUAGAGGCAGAUCUUGUAUCAGACCGGAGAUCUCCAGAACCUACACCUUCGGAAAGGUGGGGGUUAGCAAAGGCCUUUUCUUCGACAUGCAUCUUCGGCACAUGCAGCUCAACAUGGAGUAUGUGGAGUUCACAAAGAUGAACCUUUCUUAUUUGAUUAAGGACGUCUACGACCCCGCGUUUAAACAACAAGCCUACAGUGCUUCUUUAAAGACAGCUGCAGAAGUAGUCUCAUAUUCUGGAGGCCCAGAUGAUAAGGCCCGCGUUACUUACAAGGAUGCAAAAUCUUUCCAGAAGGCUGCUAAAACCCUCGGUCUUAUGGAUGAUUUUAGAAGCGGUAUUCCUCGUACAGCCUAUCUGGGCAUAGUGAAUUGCUAUAUUCGAGGACGUCGCGUCUAUCUUGUCCCCGAAUUCGAUUGGGUGAAAUAUGACCCAGCAUGGGGCUAACAUAUGGCCACUCCCGUCAGGCGUAAGCUACGUGGACGGGAUAGACAAAAUAGACAAAUUUGGCAGAACAGCCAAAAUAUUCUAUUUAGGCGGUAUAUGCAGAAUCUGCAUCAGCAAUUUUUGCAAAAGAAAAACGUUAAACGUGUUGUGGAUUUACCAAAUAGGAAAAUUGGACAAAUUGUGGAGUCGCCGAAAAUAAGUAAAUAUCAAAAAAUAUUAGGCGGUAUCAGUAUUAAAGAGUUACGCGAGAAUAAAAGAAUAAAAGCGAAAUUAAAAAAUUAAAAACCAAAAAC